AUGGGCUUUUUCCCCUGGGGUUUGGUCUUCUUGGUCAGCAACCCCGUUGAAGCCAUGGGGUCUGGGGACUGGUUCAAGACAAUCAUCAGCAAGAAAAAAUCGAAACGGGCAAAGUCAAAGCACGCAAAGCUCUCUGGUCACGUAACAAAUGGAGGCAACCAGACAAAUCAGAAGUUAAAUGGCCCUUCUUCCAGUAGUGACGACCAUGAAGACAAUGCAGCACUAGAGGAAUGGGCUGCUACUCGCAUUCAGAAUGCGUUUCGGAAAUACAGGGCAAGGAAGACCCUGCGUUGUCUCAGGGGAGUCAAAAGAUUGCGUGUUGUCGGUCAGGCGAAUCCGGUUAAGAAGCAGACUGCUGCCACGCUGAGUUACAUACAGUCUUGGAACAAGUUGCAAUCAGAGAUAAGAAACCAGCGUGCUUUCAUGGUCACCGAAGGGCGCAACAGGAAGAAGAAGCAGGAGAACCAAAUGAAACUUGAGGCAAAACUCCAUAAUUUGCAGGUUGAAUGGAAUGGAGGUUCAGAUACUAUGGAUGAAAUACUUGCUAGGAUACAACAACGGGAAGAAGCAGCAGUGAAACGUGAGCGAGCCAUGGCGUACGCGUUCAACCAUCAGUGGAGAGCAAGGUCUGCCACAAGUCUUGGAAACUUCAGCUAUGAAGUCGGCAAGGGUGGCUGGGGCUGGAGUUGGAUGGACCGCUGGAUCGCAGUACGACCAUGGGAGCCGCGAUCCUUGGUCCAUCCUGAGAACCCGAAGAAAGCGCAGGCAAAGAAGGAGAACAGCAGCACAAACCCAUCAGCUCUCAAGCUGCAAGGCUCUAUUACCCUAAGCAACAAUAUCAAUGACCGGAAAGCCCCUAAAAAGAAGCCAUUACCUUCACCUUCUCCUACUGAUCAGAAGCCAUCACCGUCGCCUUCUUCUGAUCAGAAGAAACCAGUACCGAAGGAGCAGAGAGCAAAGGCAGCUGGCACUCCUCCAAAACCAAAGCCCAAGGAUAUGAAGGGGAGCCAAGAGAAAAAGCCGCAGCAGAAAGUGGCUCCUUCGGUCAGCGCAUGA